AUGACGUCGCAGCCAAACCCUAUAUUACCUCCAGCACCUUUAGAAUAUCCUAUAGGUGUUGAUGAAGGAAAACAAGAACUAGAGAAUCAGAAGCCGCACAAUGCUUUAAAAGUUGUAGAGGGGAACCAUCAGUCUGCGCCUCUGGCAUCGUUGUUUUCUUACGGUCGUACAACUAGGGGAACUCAAGGUGGCACUGGCUCACCAGCAGAUGCGCAUAAGGACGAGCACGAGGCACAGUCAGUUUCAGAGUUAGACCACUUCUCAUUGACAUUCGAAACACCACGUGAGACUGAAGAACAUCAUAGAGAAGACUGCUCUUCUAGGUAUACAGCACCACCUCUUCAACCACAUAAAAAUAGUAAUACAUCUUCAGGACCUACCGGAUUUGGACCUCCUACUCCUUUCGACGAACAAGCAGUCCGCAGUAUGUUCUACUACGUGUUGAAUCUGGCUUUGUGUCAUACGGUAAUUUUGCAGGAUCAUGGGGCUGGCCGCCAGAAAUUCGAAGCUAGUUCUCCGGAC